AAGCGAAUAAUCAUCUCUCUGUGUGUGUUGUGUUUCAGAGCACGCUCGUGCUCGCAGGAAGAGCUUUGCCACGUCGCGGCAGAGAAGCAUGGAAGCUCCGCCCACUGCCCCUACACAGCCAUUCCGACAACCUAGUUUUCUAAGUCGCCGUCUGAAAGGAUCAAUUAAACGAGCAAAGAGCCAACCCAAACUCGACCGCACAGGAAGCUUUCGCCACAUGAUCCUCCCACGAUUCCGCAGCGCUGACCAGGAGAGGACACGUCUCAUGCAGAGCUUCAAGGAGUCUCACUCUCACGAGUCCCUGCUGUCUCCCAGCAGCGCGGCCGAGGCUCUGGACCUCACGCUGGACGAGGAUGCCGUCAUCAAACCCGUCCACUCCAGCAUCCUCGGCCAGGAGUACUGCUUCGAGGUGACGACUGCAUCGGGCACCAAGUGUUUCGCGUGCCGCUCUGCUGCUGAGAGGGACAAAUGGAUCGAGAAUCUGCAGCGAGCCAUCAAACCCAACAAGGAUAACAGCCGUCGUGUUGAUAAUGUGCUGAAGCUGUGGAUCAUCGAGGCCCGUGAUCUUCCUCCGAAGAAGCGCUAUUACUGCGAGCUGUGUCUGGACGACAUGCUGUACGCGCGAACCACCAGCAAACCGCGCACAGACACCGUGUUCUGGGGCGAACACUUCGAGUUCAACAACCUGCCGGCCAUCCGCAGCCUCAGACUGCACCUGUACAAGGAGACGGACAAGAAGAGACGCAAGGUCUGCUCAUACAUGAGUACCGCUGCGUGCUGUCAAAUCGAUGGCGUGGGCAGCGGGAAGAUCAUCAACGCCUCGCUGCGCCUCAAGUGCCGCUACCAGACCAUGAACAUCCUUCCCAUGGAGCUGUACAAGGAGUUCGCCGAGUACGUGACCAACAACUACCGGACUCUGUGCGGCGUCCUGGAGCCGCUGCUGAGCGCCAAGAGCAAGGAGGAGGUGGCCUGUGCGCUGGUGCAUAUCCUGCAGAGCACCGGCAAAGCCAAGGACUUCCUGUCUGAUAUGGCCAUGAGUGAGGUGGAUCGCUUCAUCAACCGCGAGCAUGUGAUCUUCAGAGAAAACACACUGGCCACCAAAGCCAUCGAGGAGUUCCUGAAGCUGAUCGCGCAUCGCUAUCUCAAAGACACCAUCGGAGAGUUCAUCCGCUCACACUGCGUGUUUCCUCGCGAGCUGAAAGAGGUGUUUGCGUCGUGGCGUGUGCGCUGUGCUGAGCGCGGCCGGGAGGACAUCGCUGACCAUCUCAUCAGCUCCUCUCUCUUCCUGCGCUUCCUGUGUCCCGCCAUCAUGUCCCCGUCUCUGUUCAGUCUGACGCAGGAGUAUCCAUCUGAACGCACCUCUCGAACCCUCACGCUCAUCGCCAAGGUGGUGCAGAGCCUGGCCAGCUUUUCCAAGUUCAGUGGGAAGGAGGACUAUCUGGGCUUCAUGAAUGAGUUCCUGGAGAUGGAGUGGGGCUCCAUGCAGCAGUUCCUGUACGAGAUCUCUAAUCUGGAGUGUGUGAGUAACGCCGGGGCGUUCGAGGGCUACAUCGACCUGGGCCGCGAGCUCUCCAUCCUGCACAGUCUGCUGUGGGAGGUCAUGGCGCAGCUGAGUAAGGACGCCAUCCUGAAGCUGGGGCCGCUGCCGCGGUUGCUGAACGACAUUAGCAUGGCGCUGAGGAACCCACAGCUGCACCGUCAGGCGAGUCACCAGCCGCCCGAACGCCACCUGACCCGGCCCACCUUCAGCCGCCUCGCCACCAACGACUUCCAGAGCCUCAUGAUGAGAGACCUCAACAGCUCUAUAGACAUCUCGCGUCUGCCGUCUCCCACGUCUGGUCUCUCCGGCAGCGGCGUUUUCUCUCACCCUGGAAUCGCUGCGUUCUCUGAGCGAGAUCUCCGUGGAAACAAAGAUGUCUUCUAUGUGACCCGCCCACCUCUCGCACGCUCAAGCCCCGCCUACUGCACGAGCAGCUCUGACAUCACCGAACCAGACCCCAAGGACUCUCGCAUCAACAGCGUGUCCAACCUGCACUCGGUGAACGACCUGCUGANNNCGUCCCAGGGGUCUCUCGCUGGGGCCCCUCUCAGGGCCGGAGGGCGUGUCUCGGGCGGCUCCAACGUGUCGGGCGGUUUGCGUCUGAUUCACUCGGGCGGCCUGGCCACGGACUCGCUGUCUCAGGCGGCUGCCAUGCAGGUGCCUCUGUCCUUCCAGAACCCUCUGUUCCACCUGGCGUCCGACGGGCCGCAGUACCACACCCCCCCGCCGCCGCUGCUGCUGCCGCCCGAGCCGGAGAACGGACACGUGCCGUCCUUCGCUCACAGCGGCUUCUCGCGCAGCGAGGAUCUGUCGGCCCUGCGCUCACAGAACAGCCUGGUGCAGCCCAACAUCGUGCACUCGCACAGCUACAGCGACGACUUCACACGCCACAACCAGGCCGACUACGCCCGCAGACAGCUCUCGCUGCAGGUGCAGGUGAUCUGACCCACUC